AUGGCACCCGGCAGUUGGCGUGAGGGGUUUGAGGGGUUGCAGGAGGCCGGGGGCUGGUGGCAAGAGCAAACAUCUCCCGACCCCAUGGAGCUCUACGAGACUUCUCCCUACUUCUACCCUGAGCCCCGCUUCUAUGAGACUGAAAACUACCUGCCUGUCCGGCUCCCGGGUUUCGAGCCCCCGAGCUAUGAGCGGGCUGACCUUGGUCUGGGCCCUGACUGCCGGGUACCACUGGAGGAGAAGGGCUCUGGGACCACUGAACACUGCCCAGGCCAGUGUUUGCCCUGGGCCUGUAAGGUGUGCAAAAGGAAGACAGUGUCUGUGGAUCGAAGGCGGGCAGCGACCCUGAGGGAGAAGCGGCGACUCAAGAAGGUCAAUGAGGCCUUUGAGGCCCUAAAGAGGAGCACCCUGCUCAACCCCAACCAGCGGCUGCCCAAGGUGGAGAUCCUGCGCAGUGCCAUCCAAUAUAUAGAGCGUCUCCAGACGCUGCUCAGCUCCCUCAACCAGGAGGAGCGGGACCUAGCCUGCUACCGCACUGCGGGGCCCCAGCCAGGGGUGCCCAGUGAAUGCAGCUCCCAUAGUGCCUCCUGCAGUCCUGAGUGGGGUACUACACUGGAGUUCAGCAGCAACCCUGGGGACCAUCUGCUCCCAGAUGACACCUCCGAUGCCCACAACCUGCACUCCCUCACGUCCAUUGUGGACAGCAUCACAGUGGAAGAUGUUUCUGCAGCCUUCCCAGAUGAAGCCAUACCGAACUGAGGCUGGCUAUGAGGUGGGGGAGGCUCUCCCAGGAGACCAGGGCCACGGGUACCGCUGCCUCCAAAGCAGGGAUCUCACGGCCUCAGAUGUCUCGAUGCCAGGAAGUCACCCACCGGAACUACCAAGUCUCACAGACUUUCCCAUAUCUCUAAGAGGUUGGAUCAGCCUUUAGAGGAGGUGUCUUCCCUAUUCAGCUGGGUUUUUUUCAGCUCCCUUCUCUCCAGGGAGAGAAAUCAGGGAAUAUUGGGUGGCCCCUCCUGCAUGUCAACCUGGGUUAGCAGCUGCCCCUUUCCAAAAUGCCCCUCUGUCUUAACCCCUCCCUCCAAAAAAAAACCAUUAUGAGUGAUAGGGAUAGGAGCGUGGGCAAUGUGGCCCAUAUGCUCUCAUCUCUCCCUGAUUCCAGUGGCUGGGCUGGGCCCGCCCUAAAUAGGGGAAAUGCUCUAUCCAGGUAUGCCUGGGGGCCAAGCUAUUAUUGGGAUCCUCCCAGUGUUGUUUUGUUUUGUUUUGCUUUGUUUUGUUUUUAUAAAGUGGACAUUUGACCAAUGUCUCCUAGUGCCAAAGUCAGGGGCUCCUGGGAGUAAGGUUACAGGAGGCUGGGGGGAGGGGGAAAUGGCAGUGGGGAUCUUGAGGGUUGUUGGUUUCUUUUUUUUUUUUUUUUACUAAGCAUUGUGUGGUUUUGCCAUUGUUUUGUAAUUUUUUGCUAACUUAUUUAGAUUUCCUUUUUUU